CAACCAACCACCUCCGCAAGCAGGCCUGAGGCUUGCACCCGCUUCUCACGCUCGCCUCACUCUGGUCGCCAGUCCAGCUCGAUCAAUAGCCCCCCUCGCCCAUUCGUGAACGCGGAAACUGCCAUGCGUUCAAGGGUUUUGGAUGGGCGGGGUGAGUCUCGAUGCGGCUGGCAUGGCAGUCCAGUCUGCUCGAUCACGCGCUGCGAGCAGCCCAGACUAUACAAGGCCGUCGGAAGAUUAGCUCCAAGGCGAGGAGGACGCAACAUGCUACACUCUCAAACUCUAUCUCUAUGCUCUUCGCUAGCCUGCUCGUCCCCAUGUCAGUCCGCACACGUCAUGUCAUGCCAUGUCGCACUGGCGCUGGCAGAGCCUCGCUGCUUCUGCACCAGCUACCACGCCACAGUUAUUUUGACUUCCCACAACGCCUACCGACGAGUACCCGUUUUGUCUCUUAGUUCCUCUCCGGCUAAGACCAUUGUUCCUGGCCACUAGCGUGGCCCAAAUCCCUCGUUGCCUCGCCUCCCGAGCGGACUACUCGCCGCCUGUGCGUGCUGCCCAGUGCGACAGCCCCCCCGCCAUGACCGUCGCCAUGGCCGACACUCAUGCCGCUCCAGAUUGGCCGCUGCUCCCGCCACCCUCUGCCGCCAUCGCCGAACGCGUCGCGGAAUCUCCGCGAGCCGAUCCGCGCCUCCUCUCGCGCGGUCCGCGAAUCUUGGAGCGCGGGUCGGACCCGCCGCCGCACGCCGCCGACGCGGAUGCUGCAGCAGCGAUAUCACGGGUGGCCUCCGCAGCAUUGGCAUCGAGCCCCGCCACUUCCAUAUGCACUCCGCGGAGCCGCUCCGCCGUCACCGCCGGUCCCGUGAGAAGCGCGUCCCUGCGGCGAAUUCCCGUCGCGGGCGCUGCGAGCCCGCCCAGCGCCGUGACGGACAGGUCGCUGACGUCCCCUGGCGCCAUUCGCGGGCUGCCGGGCUCCGCGUCGGCGCCCCGCACAGGAGGAACGGCUCCGCCGUUCGUGGGGGCGUCCGUGGAGCGCGCUGUGGACCCGGUGCUGCGCGCCAAGGCGCGGGGAGAAGACGCCGCGCCGACACCUGAGGCCAUGAAACCCGCGAUUUCGCCGCGCGCCGUGUGGCUCGGUGCUCCCUGUGCGCCACGGCUUUCGUCAGCAGAUCGCCGCACCGAGCCUCUGACGCUUCGGGCUGGCGAUGGCGCGCCCGCCAUCCGCGGCAUGAGUGAAGCCCCACGCACCGUGGCGUGGGAAGAGGCGAUGAGCCUUGAAGCGGCAGGUGGCUCCGCCAUGCACAGCCCCCCCCCCACUCGCCCCCCCCAGCAGCUUGCUCCAGCCACGCAAAUCUCUUCCGCCUCCGCCUCUACCGGCGCCGCGUGCGGUGAGGUGCGAAGGCGCGCGGGCAGGCACCGCCGCUCGCUGUCGUGUCCCAGCCACGAAUCCAUCGCGGCCGGCACUCCUCUGCCGCUCCCUGCCGGGGCGCGCAUGCCGCGAUGCGCCGCGUCCAGCACCAACCUCGCGCUGAUCGCCAGCAACGCCGCAGUGCCACCCGCUGCCACCAACCACGGCCUCCCCUGGCCCAACCGUCAUCGCGCCCUCCCCGCCGCCUCUGGCGGCUCCUUUUCCGUCGGUAGCCCUCCCUGGGAGUCGCCUCCGCGUGUGGCAGCCGCCACGGCAGUCCCAGGAAACCGCCGCGCCUCCACGCGACCCAGCGGUGUCGCCUCCUCCCCUUCCGCCUGCUCGUCCCCCGUCUUCACCUCCUUCACCGCUUCCGCCUCCGCCGCCACCCCCGCGUCACCCGUCGCCUGCCCCGCAACGCCCUCGGGCCUGCCGCCUCGCUCCCGGAAACCCGCCGCGUCGUACGGUAGUCCGUAUCCUCUGGCAUCCCCACAGCCCGUGCCGCUCGGCGAGCAUACGAUGUUCGCGAGGGACGACGAGCGACUCCGUGCGACGUCGCCCACGCCCCUGCGAAUCGACGCCGCGUUGCAGGGCACGGUUGGCCAGGCAAUGGCGGGCAGUCAGUGGGCUCGGUUGGAGUCGCCGCAGGUAGCGGCAGCAGUUGGUAGGCAAGGCGCGUUUAGCCCUACUGCGCUGAGCCGUGACGUCGCAUCCCCCCUUCAAAGUGACUCGAUACCAAGCCCUCAGUCGGUGCCGGUGUUGAGCCUUCCUUCAGAAGCUGGCAGAGCAGGAAAGGCGUCCAGAAGCGUUCCAACAGCCGGGUUCUUAUCGAAUUUCUCUUCCUCUCAAUUUCCGCUUGAGCCUUUAGCCGGUGAAGACGGGAGCGAUUCGGACGAUGAUUUCGUGGGGCUGUACCACACUGUGGCACGAAGGAGGGCGGUGGUGUCUGCCGCCCACCUCGUGGGGGCAGCAGCGGGGUCAACCAGGGCAGCUCGGACUCAGGGCCCCAGCGCAGCGGCAAGCGGUGGAGGGUCGCCGGGCGUGGGUGGCUUAGGGCGUGGUGGCUCUGGCGGGCCUGGGCGACAGGUGCAGGAAGAGAGGCGCAGCAGGCGGAGCAUGUCAGCGGAUUUCAACUUCCCAUCGUGGGCCAUGGAGAUGUACGACUCCGCCAAAGGCAGCAGAGCGGCAGAGCGGCGAGAUGCGCAGGAGGGGGUUGUGGCGAGAGAGAGAUGUAUGCAGCAGGGGCCUGGCUCUGGGAGCAGUGACAGCACUCCCAGCAGCAGCAGGAGCAGCAGCGGCUGGAGCAGCAUGAGCAGUGGGGGUGACAGCAGAUAUGGCAGCAACAGGAGCAUCUGCACGCCCAGCAGCAGCAGCAGCAGCAUUUACAGCGCAGUGUUGGAAUCAGAGUAUAGUGAAGAUGCGGUGACGCACCUUGGUAUGAGCGAUGGCCAUGGCCCUCUGCAAGGCAUGCAUGCAGGGCUGGCAGCAAGGGCGGAAACACAUGGCAGGGCGAUGGUAGGCAGGCGCCUGAGUGCAAGCAAGAAGAGUGUCAAGUUCAAUCAGGACGUUGAAUGGAUCUGACAUUCACCUGUUACCUACCGUAGCCCCACCACACCAAGGCAACUCCAGCAGUAGAAAGGUCAAGGUUUCAUGCAACGGUUCGGCCUUGUUGGCGGAUUUUCAAGCGCACCAUCAUAGUGUUAGGUUGUACUGUCCAAGCUGGUAGAUUACAUUUUCUAGAUAGCUGUAGUGUAAUUCAUGGAUGCACUUGAUGAUAUUAGGAGUGCUCUUAUUGUGAACCUGUCAUCGGAAGAAAGAGGCCGCUUUGGGCGUGCGGGACCAAGUACUGAAUCCUUGUCGCCAGCCAUGCCCACGCAGCAUGUCCCUUCCACCCUCGAUCUUCCGGAUCGCCGCGUCGAGUCCCGCGAUGCGCGCGGUACGCCCCUUGCCUUCGACCUAGCAACGAAUGGCGAAGAUUUUAUGCUCGGCGAAGAGUCGUUGCGGGAAUGCGAGAACUCAGGGGCGGAGGAAUCGCGAGUAGGAGCGCCGCGUCAGCCUGCGCCUGCCACGUCCCCGCGCUGCGUCAAUGCGGCGGCUGGCCGACCGACUGAAGCCACUCUCCCCCAACUGGCGGGCGUCCAGCCGCUGGACGCGGAGGAGUUCCGCGCGCACGCGCACCGCAUGGUGGACUAUAUCGCGGACUACUACCGCGAUAUCGAGUCACACCCCGUUAGAA